CUUCACCUCGAUCAACCUCGUCCCGCCAAUUGCACCCUCACCACCGAAAAGAUUCAUAGAAAAGUCCGCCCAAGAUGGCGCCUAAGGAACCCUACAAAGUGCACUCCCUCAAUAAGCACAUAGAGAACACAAAGAAGGGCCUAUCGGCUGAAGCGCAGUUCAACCGCCGCCCCGGCAACCGUGCUGCAACUAUCAAGAAAGAGUCGAGCGACCCAAACAAUAUUUUCGCCAACAACGAUGGGGAUGACGAUGAUGAGUCAGGAAGCGGAAGCGACAGCGAUAGUAGCAGCGAUGGCCCGGCCGAUUUUAUCUCUAAACUCACCAGUACCACCAAACCUGCUUCUGCCACUCCACGCCGUCGUAGCAAAGAUGAUGAAAUCGCCGAUAGCGAUGCCGAGCGCAAUGCGUCCAAAAAGAGCACUUCUGUGAAAAAGACUGCUCCUGCCAAGUCUAAGCCUCAAUCUUCUAGCGAUUCAAGCAGCGAAGACGAGUCUGGCGACGAAAAGACCAGAGCAAAGACUAACGGCACAAGUCCUACAAAGGCGUCUGAGAGCACCUCGAGCUCUUCGGAGUCAGGGAGCGACAGUGAUAGCGAUGAGGAAGACAAGAAGGCACCCAAACCAUCCACCAAAAAGCAAGACGAUUCUGCCUCCAUCAGCGACUCUUCCAGUGAGGACGAAAGCGAGGAUGAAGCCGAUGCCAAGGCUAAGCCUGCUCUGAAUGGCAAAGCUGCUCCUACACCAGACAGCUCAAGCGAGGAUAGCGACAGUGAAAGUGAGGAUGAAGAACAGGAUGCUAAACCUGCUGCGAAAUCUGCCGCUAAGCCUGUCGCUCCCGAGCCAGGCAGUUCUUCAAGCGAGGAGGAGGAUUCUGAUGAUGAGAUGGUUGAUGAAUCCAUGCACAUUGAGGAUCGCGAAGGACAGCUCGCCCUCCCCAACUUCAUUGCUCCUGACUUUGUCCUUCGCAAGGGCGAUGAUGGCACAAACGGCCGCGAUGUUGCUGAGAUCUGCAACAAGGCGAACCUAGAGGGCAAGCAAUUUUGGUACUUCACAGUUCCUUCCAAUGUGCCCAUCUCAGUUGUUCAGAAUCUUGAGAUCCCCAUGAACCAGUCUCAGUCUACCGAUAAGCUGUUUUCUCACAAUGGCGAGGACUAUGGUGUCUCCUUUGAGAGUAUUGCCCCCAAGGGAAAUAUUCAAAUCAUGAUUCCCUCUGAUCGCCCUCAAUACCAGCCCGCCACCAAGCAGAUCGACCAAGUUAUGCAGGUCAAGAAGAUCACACAACUUGGCUCCACUAACUCUGUCGCCCCUGUUCCCAAGCCAGCCCCUCGUGCUCAGCCCACUGGCCUAAAGGCUCGAUACCAACCCAUCGGAGUCAACGAGCCCAUGGGAAGCAUCGGUGAUGAUGAGGACGUCGAGAUGGGCGAUGCUCCCGUUCUGUCGGCCAAAGCUGCCAAGAAGGAAAAGAAGCGCAAGUCAAAGGAGACUUCUGAAAAGAAGCAGAAGAAGGGACAGAGCAUCCCCGAGCCCCCCAGCUCUCGAACAACCGAAGCACCAACUCCCGAUACACGCAAGAACAAGCGAAAGCUAGCAGCCUCUGAAGAUGAUGCCGUAGCCGUAGCCGAGCAACUUCAAGAGGAGACUAAGCUUGCAGCAAGCAAGUCCAAGAAGCAAAAGACAAACCGAGCUGGAAGCCCCGAUCUGGGCUCUGAGCCAGCGUCUGCAGCCGCAAAGAAGUACACCCCUGUCUUGCCUCCCGCAAUCCCUACAGCAGGAACCCCUACUCCCAAGUCUGCUUCCACGCCUGUUACAAGCAGCAAGAAGCAAAAGAAAGACAAGGAGGCUUCAGUGCCCGCUCCCCGACAGAGCGUGGUACCCAUACCCUCUAUCCCCCACUCCUCCCCUCCCAGAUCCUCUCCUGCGCGCGCUCCUGCAUCACAGCUUCCUGCCUCACCUAGCCAGGGUAAGGAGAAACGAGCCAAAAAGCGAAAGGAUAAGGAUGGCAAGAAGACUCCCUCGGGCAAGAAGGAGACCCCUGUAGUCCCCCCUGUGCCUCUAUCUUCCUCGGAAUAGCGUUCUGCUGGGAAGAUCAGCCCUCGAAAGGGCAGAGGCAAGGGCAGAGCCCGCAAGAAGUAGUGAAAAGCUCGAUAUGACAGUAUUUCGGA